GCUGGGACCCGGCUAGUGUGCCGAACGUCGAGUGAGUGCGCGGAGCGCCGGAGAGCACACACACCGCGAUCAUCACAUCACAUUCGGCGCCAUCGUCACAGCACCCAGUGCACCAGCCAUCCUCAACGGCGACGGUACCCAGCAGGACACAAUCAUGUCCUCGCUGGAAAUCCAGACUCCAAAGGAGUUUACUUCAUCAUCAUCUUCAUCAGCACGUGAGAAGAAGGUUCUUCUAAAGGACCUGAAUUCUCUCCUCACGUGUACACUGUGUAAUGGAUAUUUCAUCGAAGCGAUGACUUUUGAUUCCUGUUUACAUUCAUUCUGUAGAAGUUGUGUGCUUAACCACUUCGAGACCACCAAACAACAGACAUGUCCGAAAUGUGACAAGAAGAAAGCUUUCUUCAAACCUGAUCAUCAACUGCAAGCGCUCGUUUAUAAAAUGGUCCCGGGGUUAUUCGGGAAAGAAACCCAGCGACGUGAAGAUUUCUACAGGAGUAGCAUGCGUGCAAGUAGCACUUGCAGUGAAGAUAGUGUUCUUGGAGAUGUACAGAAAGACCAAGCUAAGUGGUUGUUACAAAGUGACGGCCCUUCAGGUCGGGAUACUUUCUUCAGCCCAGAGGACCCCAUAUCUUUAUCCUUAGAAUUCUAUCAACUACAUUUGGAUGAUACUAAAGAACUUGAUCACAAGUUGAGUAUGGUUUGUAAACGCACAAGACCCGAGGUGGAUCUGAUUAAGAAAGAAUCAGAUUGUGAUAAGAGUGAGAAAAAGGUCAAAGCGGAUCGGAGGUAUCUUCAGUGUCCAGCGGCUGUAUCCAUGUCACAUCUACAGAAGUUUUUGAGGAUGAAAUAUGCGUUAUCAUCAGAACACAGGGUUGAUAUCAUCUACGAAGGGGAAGUGUUACCCUUCAGUUAUACUCUGAUGGACGUGGCCUACACUUACAACUGGACAAAGUUGAAACCCAUGCGGUUUUUCUAUCGCAUCUUCACUCCCUUGAAGGUCCAGCCCAUCAAGAUCAUCAAUACGUCGAGUAGUAAUGGUAGUAAACAACUUCAAAUAGUCCCGGUGAGAUCUACGAGUAAUAAUACAACUAAUACGGUUGAUCUGGAAGCGGAAAAGAGUAAAGAGCAGUUUGUUGCGCAAUUAAAGUUGCAAUCGAAGCAUAAGAAUGGGAAAGCGGUGAUGGGUUCCACCGCGGAAAAUUGCGUGUUUGAAUAUGCGGAAGCAGACGAAGAGAUUAAGCGGUUUGCGGAGAGUAGGGAUAGGGAAUGGGCUAGGAUGAGGCAUGAAGAUGUUGUUGAACCACAAAAUUCAAAUUUACCUUCUUCUGUGGUUGUUCCUUCAAUAACUCCUCAGAUUAGUAAUGAUGGGGUGAUGAUAGAGGGAGGGGGUUCAAGUCAUCAUGUGAAGAAGCGGAAGAAGUCCAAACAUUCAAAGGGUGAGGCUAAGAAACCUAAGAUUCAUGCGGAGAUUACCAGUGAAGUUGUCCUACAACAACAGGAGAGUAUCAAACUCAAGGUUAAGUUGACCCCUGCGCAUCAACAUGGGCAUAAUGGGCAUAAACAUAAACAUAGGUCACCUCCUGUUCCUCCUUUAACUCCAUCUACUACUUCUACUCCUGUACAACAUCAACAUCAACAACAAACCCAACAACAACCUCCUUUGGUACCUAAACCUAUUUCUACUCCCCCACAAGUUCCUUUACCCAUUAAAACCCCACUGGAAGUGAGAAAACCUGAACCCGUGAAGAAACUUCACGAUGUCUGUAUCAAAAAAGCAGAUAAACACCUGGAGACAACUAAAAAAGAUCCCAAGAAGUUAACUAGUGAGAAACCUACGAGAUCUGACCUGAAACCUCAUCCCUCGCCUGUUUUAACCAUGGAUAUCAAGAAGAAAGAAGAACAAAAGGCGUUUCUUAAGACAUUUCAAUCUGGUACCAACGCAAGAUCACAGCCCAUCACGAAAGUCCAAUCGCCUAAUAAAGCAGACUCGAAAAAGCCUAUGAUCACCUACUCCAACCACACCAAACAAAACUUCGAUAAGAAGAUAGCGUCACUCAAACAACAAGCGUUGAACAAACAAAAGUUGGACCUAACUACAACUCAGAAAGAGAAGAAGGUUUCUUUCUCAUUGGAUAAACCUCAUAUUCUUAACUCCCAGCAGUAUCCUAGUGGGUUUACUGUUAGUAAAGUUGAACAAGGUAUCAAGAGGAAACAAGAAUCUGAUCCCCCGGUUGAGAAAAGACCUUGUUUGGAGAUUACUCUAAUCAACCCCAAACCAGAAUCUCAAAGUUUAAAUCAUCAGAACUCUAAACCCAAACCACCUGCAAGUCCUGCCCCACAUCGAAUUACUACUACUACUACUAGUGAUCCCCCGAAAGCAAAGAGACCUCCACCUGCUACUAUACCAUUAGACCGCAUCAAAAAUCCAGUGAAACAUAAACCUGAAAAUUCUCAACAAAUCCCAGGAGGUGCUUUAGACCUGACCAAGAAGAUAGAACCUGUUAAAAAUGGUAUCACAACUUUGAACGGGAUGAAAUUCCCGAGUCCUAUCACAACUUCAUCUUCACCUACAACCCCACCUACCAUGUCCCUGACGGAGAACCUUCAAAUGUUGUCCAAAGUAGCUCUACAACAUUCAAGACAACAAGCACAACAAAACAAACCUAGACCACAGAUUCCCAACCUACAAACCCUUCGGAUACCGCAUGUGACCACAUCAGGGACAACUCCAAGUUCAACUCCUACGAAUACUCUAGCUAGGAGUCCCAAUCAAGCAACUACAGGAUCUUCUCCUCAAAGGAGUAUCCCCAACCUGGCGAAUUUACCCAAAUUGAAUGAGAUAUCAAAGUCUAAUUUAAAAAUGUUGAGUAAUCACAACAAUAAUUUGAAUUUAAAAAGAUCGAAUAAUAACAACAAUCAGAAUAUGAUCAGGAGUAUCCCGAAUCCUGCUCUGCUGGUACGACAACAUAAUCAGAGCAGGAUGAGUUUGACCAAUGGACAAGGUCAAACCCAAGGUCAAAAUUCGAAUCAAACACAAGAAAAAGAAAAAAAUCAACCGAAGAUUCUAAAUCCUUUAGCGAAGGAAAACACAACUACAACCACAACUACAACAAAAGAUAAUAAAGAUAAUAAGGAUUUGUUUAACAAUACAAAGACAUCCGUAAUGGAUAAAAUGAUGAAUGAUCAUAACAAAGCCCUGGUGGCGCAGAUGGCUGAGUCAACAACAGCAGCAACAUAAUUUACUAAUGUUUCUAGUAAAAUUUAUUUUGUUCCUAAAGAUAUUUUUCUUUUUAUUAAUUUAAAUGUAAUUUAAGAUGGAAAAGUGCAAAGUGUAAAAUCUUUAUAUUUACUUAAAUGAAUUGAGUUGUUACCUGUUUUUCUCUGACGAGAUUUGUUUAUUUAGGUUUAUGCUAUCAUUUGUACUUGCAAUUGUAUAUAGGUAUAUAUAUAUAAAAUAUUAUAUAGAGUGUAUACUUAAGUUAAGUAUACUUAAAUGACUCGUUUUUAGAUGGAUAUUCUCGUAGCGUGUACAAUUGAGUUGCAAGUUGACUGACAACACAUUUAUACCUUUACAAAAAUUAUAUAGGUAUAGGUUUAGAACACCCUGUUAGUAUGUAUAGUAUACUAAUGCUAAAAUACUAAACUUUAUGUUGUCGAAUAUUGCGGUGUAGUAAUAUUUACAUACACAUUUAUUGAUUUGUGUAAUUAAUAAGAAAUUUAUAGCUUACGAUUGAUACGAGUGAUUGUGAAUUUUUGGGGUGGAAUGAUGUGGAGAUGUGAUGAGGGUGUAUAAAAUUAUUAAUUAAGUUUUGACUUAAUUGCUAGUUGAUGUCGAUUACAUAAAAUAAAAUGAGUACAUUUAAAAAAUUAAAUGUAAAUUUAUCAAAGCAAUAA